AUGGUGACCGCUGGAGCGAACCAGGCCUACACGAACUUGGUGUGCACCUUGCUCGACUCGAAGGAUGCAGCUGUUUUGUUCAGCCCGUUUUACUUCAACCACCGGAUGGCAUUGCAGAUGACCGGUGGCCACGCCUCUGUGGUGCUGGCGCCCAGCACCAAGGAGUAUCUUCCAGAUGUUGAUUGGUUGGAGAAGAGGCUGUGCGAGCCACCAGCUGGCGAGCGUAUUCGCAUGGUCACUGUGGUCAAUCCUGGCAAUCCAACCGGCAUGAUCCUGCCCAAGCCAGUGCUCGAAAGGUUGUCUUCCCUGUGCGAGAAGCACAACGCCUGGCUGGUCAUGGACAACACCUAUGAGCAUUUCACCUACGAGGAGGAGGGGCAUCCUGCCCAUAGUUGCAUCAGUGGAGACCACGUGGUGAACGUCUUCUCCUUUAGCAAGGCUUUCGGAAUGAUGGGAUGGCGCGUAGGCUAUUUGGCUUUUCCACCCAGUCUCCUCCCCGAGCUCAUGAAAGUCCAGGAUACCAUCGCAAUCUGCCCCACAGUGGUCUCCCAAAAGGUUGCCCUUGCAGCUCUUGGCGCUGGCCGCGAGUGGGUGAAGGACCGUGUGCGCGGCCUCAAGGAGAACAAGCGCUUGGUCAUCGAAGCUUUGACCGAGACACUGGGCCCUGGCAGUGUGGCAGGUGGCUCGGGUGCGAUCUACCUCAUGGCGAAGCUGCCUGAGGGCUUUCAGAACGACACGCGGGUAGUGGAAUGGCUCAGCGAGAAGCAUCGCGUUUGCGCCAUUCCUGGAUCCGCCUGCGGCGCCCCUGGCGAGAUCCGUGUCUGUUACGCCAACCUGCCGCCAGCAAAGUGUGCCGAGGCGGCGAAGCGGCUGAAGGCCGGGCUCACCGAACUCCGCGAAAAGGGCCCAGCAAUUUUCCAGUGA